AUGCGUUUGCUCGAUACACACACGAGGCAUUUCAUCGAAGUUUCCGAUAUCUCUAACACCAAAUAUGCCAUUCUAUCGCAUACCUGGGACACUGGGGGUGAACAGACCGAAGACCGGCCGUCCGAUCUUUGGGACGACCAUCGGCUUGCCGAGAAGAUCAAGAAGUCCUGCGAGGUUGCCCGCAACCACGGCUACCGCCUCCUAUGGAUAGACUCAUAUUGCAUCAACAAGUCCAGCAGCUCCGAGCUGUCAGAAACGAUAAACUCGAUGUACGCCUGGUACGGUCAUGCGACGAUAUGCUAUGCGCUCCUGGCAGACGUCCCCUACAUGUUCGACUACUCUGAAGGCUCCCCGUUCCGCGACAGCCGGUGGUUCAAGCGAGGAUGGACGCUGCAAGAGCUUAUUGCUCCCAAACACGUUGUGUUCCUGUCCAAAGACCGGCGUCCGCUCGGAUCGAAGGGCACUAUGGCGGCGGUCGUCGAGGAGAUUACUGGUAUCGACCGCCGGGUCUUGACGCAUGAGACCUCUCUCGAUACGGUCAGCGUCGCCCAACGCAUGUCUUGGGCCGCGAAACGCGAGACAACCCGCACAGAGGACAGAGCGUACUCGCUCCUUGGUAUCUUCGAUCUCAAUAUGCCCACCCUCUACGGGGAGGGCGAACGGGCCUUCCAACGGCUGCAGGAAGAGAUCCUCCGGCGGAUACCAGAUCAGAGUCUCUUCGCAUGG